UUUUAAUAAAUAACACAGUCGCUUAAUAGAUUAUUUCGUUAUGGAUCGUUCAUCAGAUUUAAAUGAUCCUUUGUCAGAUUCAAUGAAAGAGUGUUACGAAAACUUAAUCCUUAUCGAUAUCGGAGCGAAUCUUACGAACAAAAAAUAUAGCCGAGACUUAGAAUCGGUUAUUCAAAGAGCGAAAGAUGCAGGUGUGCAAAAAAUUAUGUCUACCGGCACAUCUGUCCGAACAAGCAAAGAGGCUUUGCGUUUGUCAAGACUCUUUCCUGGAACAAUUUACUCGACUGCAGGUGUGCACCCUCACGAUGCUCAAUCAAUUGCCCAAUCUCCCGAAAAUUGGGAUGAACUUGUGCAAAUAGCAAGAAAUCCGGAAUGCGUUGCUAUUGGAGAAUGCGGAUUAGAUUUUGAAAAAGAAUUUUCUGAUCAUAAUGUCCAAGAAGAGAUAUUUCAGAAGCAAUUAGAAUUAGCUUGCGAUUUAAAUAAACCAUUGUUGAUACAUGAACGCGGAGCUCAAGAUGAGUUAUUGAAUAUUGUAUCAAAAGUUCCUAAAGACCAAUUGCCUCCAGUAGUUAUACAUUCAUUUACAGGCUCCUCGGAAGAAGCUCACAAGUAUUUGGAUGCUGGAUUUUAUCUAGGAUUGACAGGUUACCUAUGCAAAGACAAAUCCGAUACAGGUGUGAGAAGACUUCUUCAACAAGACGCAAUGCCACUGAAUAGAUUGUUAGUUCAUUCCGAUUCGCCUUUUAUGUUUCCCAAUAUAAGAGCUUCAAAGCUUCCUGAAAAUAUUAAAAGUUGUUUGACUGAAAGAUCAAAAGCGUUUUUACAUAGAUAUUGUACCUUCCAAAGAAAUGAACCUUGUUGUCUUCCUGCCAUUGCUGAAAUUUUGGCAGCUUUUAUGAAUAAAACUCCUGAGGAGGUAGCUUUAGCGACAGCUUUUAAUGCUAUUAAAUUAUUUGGAUUAUCGCAAUGAUAGAUAUGUUACAUUUUACAAUAUUUUUAUUUAUAUGUAGAUUUUGAUUUCGAUACGUUU